UAUUCACUGCGCCAUGUAUUCAGCGGUGUUGCUUGCUUUCAGAUUGUAAAAGUGUUUCUCGCAACAUCUCCGAUGUGGUUAUGGCGCUCGAUCCUCUCUCCCCAAUUGCGCCUGCGCGCAUACGGGCACUUCUCCUCCCCAUCGGCCGCAUCAAGCGCUCGCGGUUCCUAACCUUUGUUGAUUCUUUACAGUCGCAUUCACUCAUUAGACUCGGAGAUGUCAGUCCUGACCCCCGGCCAGAUAGGAACAUGUUCUCCCCCUUAGCAUUUCCCAGCGGAACCCUUCUAUAUGACUUGUCAACAUCACUGCCGCCACCAUCCCAUCUUACUCUGUCCCCUUUUGAACAGUUUCGGGAACCAUUGUUGGUUAUUGGAAUUGCGGAUGCCUCUGAAUAUCCUUGGCUCUUCCGGUCACGUGCAGAUGAUGAUUCCUCCGCCACAGAGACAGACGAACCGGAAGCAGAAGAUGGGGACCAGCUCCAGUCUGCCAUUGAAGAUUUGCGCGAGAGCCAUCCGAGAGCAUCGCUCUGCAGCAUCAUGAUGUUUGACUCUCCCACUCAAAGCCAGCAUCCACAGCUCCCACCAGAGACUCUAUUUGUGCCACCUGCGGGGCAGCUCAAACCAACCACUAUCAAAACGCUCAUGUGCGAUCUCACAUCCACUCUUCUCGCAGAGCUGACGACUUUGGCAAAAUCAAUACAAGCGCUGCCGAUCAUCCCCUCGCCAGCCUCCCAAGCCGGCCUGGCAGACCAUGUACCUGUCUGGGCUGGAACUGACCCACACAAUUCACGGCGCAAUUCUCAGAUUCCUGCAGGCAGUCGACCAGAAUCUCCGUUGCCUGGUUCCCAAAAAGAUCUACAUCGCAUGUCAAUGCCAGUGUUGCCUUCAAGUUCUGGUGCAUCUUCGACUCCGGGUGACUCCGGGGCUACAUCACCUACCGGAGGGGGCGCGCGCACACCCCCUACGACCUUCGACGAAAUAUCAGGCAUAAACGCCGCUAAUGCUUUGCAUCGGACUAGCAGCAACCCCCAAAAACCUAAUGGGGCGAGAGACUCAAGUGCCGAUAGAGUGUCUAUUCACGGAUUUGGCUCGGGCGGCGUAGGUGAGCGUGCACGUAACAAAGCUCGUGGUCGAGUGAGUGUCAUCGUUGGCACGCUAUUCAUGUCGGCGGGGCAGUGGAAUGAGGCGAUAAUCGAACUUUCCGAAGGAGCCAUGCGUGCGCGGCAGUUAAGUGAUCAUCUGUGGCAUGCAAAAGCUUUGGAACAUAUACUGGUGUGUUUGCUGCUAUAUGCAUGGGCGGGCUUUGACUUCCAGAUCCCCCCCAUCUGCUAUCCAACAUAUGACAAGUCAACGAGCGUUAAAUCUCCACCAUUCACCCCGUCCGCAGCAGACGUGAGCGCACAGCAGCCCCGAAGCUCACAGCAUGAAGCGGCCCUCGAGCGACUUAAUGCUGUUAUUCCUGACUUGGUCAAUAUGAUAUUAAAUAUCUAUACCCGCGCCGCGAAUUUCACCGGCGAAAAUCUUCCUCCAUUGGCUUUCUCGGAGUGUGUUAUUCGCUUCUCGAAACUUCUAGCGGCUAUGAAUCUCUCUGCUGGCUAUAUUGACGCAGAUGCUUUGAACCAUCUCGUUCGAAAUACGCCUUUUCGUGAGAAGCCAAGGCUGUCUGUUCCGAGAUUGAGCGUCAAUCCGACCAGAAACGAUAUAGCAAACAUACUCUUUCGAGCGCUGCCGGGUCCUUUAGAGACGUCAGGCAUGAGUGCCACGGAUCGGGUGGUCAUUCUCGCUGGUGUUGCUUCUGUGCUUUCAGCACUUGAGUUACAGAGGAAAAAAGCUGUGGUCAUGAAAGAAUUCAUCACGUCGUUGAUUCCUGGCUUAGUACAAGCACGUAAGGUGGGUGCUGCAGAAAUGGGCGUUCAUCCAGCAGCUGGCUUGGCAGCUUUGAAUAUGACUAGUAAUAGCGCAUCUGGUGCCGGUGCACUCGCUUUGGGCGAAGGGGAAGUUGAGAAUGGGAUCGAUGAAUUUCUCGGGUUGCUGGGUCGCAUCUAUGGCAUACCGGAUACCAGAAACAACAUUUGGUCGCAGUCGCUAACUGCAACUGCAAAUGGAGAUGGCGCCCCUCUUCCAAGCAGUGCAAGUCAAGGCGUAGUCGAAGAGAUCCUUCGAAUUUCUUCCCUCCGAUCCUUUGGCAGUGUUGGCCUAAAACUGGAUAUUUUGCGUAUGUGCAUCAACUUUUGCGAAGCACUUCCAGACUUCAAUGGGGUGAUCCACUUCACAGCUCUUUUACUCCGGUUGGCCGGUCCAGGGACAGCGCCGAAACCCAACAGUACUGAUGUGUUCGUGUCUCUGCCGCGCGAAGAACAAGUACGAUUGUUCGGAAACAUCUCCCGAACAGUAGCUACCGCCAGAAAGCUUGGUCUGCAGCAUGUUGACACCGAGUAUUGGGAUGACUUCUUGGUCCGAGGGCUUUUCAUCAUGGAAGAGCCGGUCUCUCUUCGCUUGACCCAACACCGGCCCGCUGAGUUGAAGUCGGCGCAAGGAUCUAAAGAAGGGCCCUUCAUUCAUAAUCCAUGGAACAAACAAGCCCAGUCUAAUGAGGUUGAUACAACCCUGGUCUCGAAUGAAGAGUAUCGGUUCGUAAUUGCUUUGCAGAAUCCCUAUGAUUUCGAGCUGGAAGUCGAUUCUUUGAAAAUAGCCGCGGAGGGUGUUGAAUUCGUUGCGCAUGAAGAGAAAUUCCUCCUCGGGCCAUAUAGAACACAAAAGUUCCCGAUCGGCGGUGUGGCUCGUUCCUCUGGAACUCUGGAAAUCAUUGGUUGUUAUAUCAAGGUCACUGGAUGCAAAGAGCGCUUGUUCCCCAUUUUCCCCGACCCUUGGAAACCUGGUCGGGAACUCAAGAUGAAAAGGAUUGGCUUGAAAGCUUGUCUCGGGGCACCCAUGUCACGGCCUGCUUCUGCUAUAGGCGAUAUUCCCAGUAUCGCGAAAGUCUCAGCUCCCAAACCCGAUUCACUAACCUUCAAUGUUAUACCAGAUCAGCCUGUGAUGGUUAUUACUGAUGUUUCAUUACCACAAGGGGCCUUGAUGGUUCUAGAUGGGGAGAAGAAACGGUUCAGCAUCACCGUCAAGAACACAUCGGAAACGACUACCGUAGAUUUCGUCCACAUCUCUUUCCAGGACACAGCGACUGCCGCGAUACAAGCCGCAAUCUCGAACCGAGACCUGCCAGCCGUUGAAUUACAUGAGCUCGAGACUCAGCUUGCGUACUAUCCAUCAUUAAGGUGGUGCAAAGAACAGGAUGAAGAGACCAUAGUGAUAAAACCGGGUGAGACGUCUAGUUUUGACGUGGAAGUCGUGGGUCGAACACAGCUUACGGAAGCUCUCAUCCAGCUUGAUUACGCCAAUUUAGGAAAGCGUCGCUCAGAUGUCAAAGAUAGAUUCUUCACACGACAAGUUUCAGUCCCGAUAUCCAUCACCGUCAACGCAAGCGUUCAACUCCAACGUUCGGAUAUUGUUUCUCUACCCGGGGAUUUUGCAUGGUCCAACAAGGGACAUUCUCCGGCUCUCACCGCUACUUCACCGUUAGCAGCUGAUGUAACAUCCUCUAUUCUGGCUAACAAGCACGAUACGCAUUUCCAGAAUUUCCUGCAGCAUUCACAAUUGCAUGGGAACCUCGAGGAAUACUGCAUGCUUUUACUUGACUUGCGCAAUUCAUGGCCCAAUCCCCUCCAUAUCUCGUUACAAAUUCGGGCAGCCUCACUCGACGACGAAGAAAGUCAAGACCCAUGGAAAAAGGCAUACACAAUUUCUGAAACCAUACAACCGGGACACAUUAACAGGGUUGUUCUUAUCCUUCCGAAAAUUUACCUCGAAAAUCCAUAUGCUUCCGUACCUUCACUCAACCCCGCCAACCAACGUCAAUUCGUUGUUAGUACAAGUAAAAUAUCACCCGAGGUUGAGCGAAGCAAUCGAGAAGCGUUCUGGUACCGCCACGAAUUACUCAAGUUGAUCAGGGGGACAUGGCGGGAAGAGGGUCAAGGCCGUCACGGCGAUCUAGACGUUCGCCCCAUGCGCUUCUCGCCUCGCAUGGUCGAGGCUGUCAAGUUAGACGACCUAAUGUUCGAAACAACAGUCGUUCCUGAUACGCCCCAGGAUGAUAACAACGGCAUCGUUCAACGACUUAGUCGGUCCAAAUUCCAAGUUCAAUCCGACGAAUUUCUCUCACUCCAAGUCAAAGUUCACAACCGAAGCUCGAAACCGAUCUUACCGCUCCUACGGCUCCAACCACACCUCGCUAGUCUUCCUCAUAGCGUUGCCCUCGAUCUUGACAAACGUUUCUCAUGGAGUGGAGUGCUGCAACGGCGUCUACCACCUAUCCAGCCGGGUCAGGCGGUUGAGGCAGAACUUGGUAUCACCGCGCUCAGCAGCGGCGUCUUCGAAGUGGGCGUCACGGUUGAUGAGAUUGAGCUGCCCGCCGAUCAAAAUGCAGUACAUGGCAAUCGACCUAGAAGUGGCACGGGAUUAUUGCAAGCUCAAAUUUUGGGAGAACCCAAACUGCGCUCGUGGCACUCUAAAGAACCGUGUACGAUUGUGGCAAAGAGAAAAGUCGAUGGGGUAUGAUGACGAUGUAUAUCGCAGUUGAAGUUGUGUUGUAUAAUGAUGCAUAGCUGUGUGUUUCCGGGUUGGUAUAUACCUAGGUAGACUCAACGCGUAUUGUGUACGUUUUGUCGUUGAUUUAUUGCCUGUGAACCAGAUUUCUUGAUGACCUCUGCAUGACGCUCAAUUAUACAUUGCACACAGUCGAGUCUACGGUACAAAAGAAAGCCUUCCAACAAAUCACCGGCGUGCGCGGUUGUAAGGAUACACGUCACACUGCUAUCAAACCCUCCGGGGAAAAGACAGCUCG